GCACUUGCUUUUAUUUACUAUCGUUUGACGUUUCCAAAUCUUAGUAUUCUAAUGUUCUAAAAACCUUCGUAAUAUUAACAAAAUGGCAUCAGCAAUACCAAAAAUCCAAGUUUUGUCGCUGUACAAAUCGCUAAUGAAGGAAUCUAAAAAGUUCUCCAACUAUAAUUUCAGGUUGUACGCAUUAAGGCGCAUUCGAGAUGCAUUCAAAGAAAGUAAAUUAUUAACAGACCCUAAAUUAAUAAAGAAAGAAUUUGAAUAUGGGAAACAGAAUCUGGAGAUAAUCCAACGUCAGGUGGUUGUCGGAAACAUGUACCAGACCGAGAAACUUGUGAUAGAGAAUGUACGAUAGGAAUAUUUUGAUACAGGAUUAUAAUAAAAUACACAAACAAUUUUGAGUAUGGUAUAAGUUGUAAUAUAUUGUUGCAUCUAGUUGUGUUCUUAUCUUGCUGAUCUGCAUGUUUCAAUUCAAAGGUUAUGACACAUUGCUGCAAAAGACAAAAUGUACUGAUGCUAGCACCUUAGACAUGCCAAUAACAUUAUCAGCACUAGCCAACAGCCAUACACCCAGAUUAAAUGUGGCACUGUCAUAGUACAAUACUAAAGCAAUUAUUUGAGACACACCAUCAUAAUACAUAUCAGUUACUCUCUUGCGAUGCUGCUCCAUAAGCGAAAUUUAUUGUGAGCAAGACAACUUGAUAAGUAUACAUUCAUACCAUAUGUCCCAGAUGUAAGCAUGCAGUAUGCAACUUAAGUAAACUACACUGACAAUAUUCUUUAGUGCACAAAAGGGUAUUCUAACCCUGGCAAAAAAAUUGUUGAUAUUCGCUCCUAAAUGUUCUGCGUGACCAUUGGCUAAAACAUAUUUAAACUAAAAAAUGCGUUUGCAGGUAUGGUGUAACUUAUAUCAGAUUUAGGAAGAUUUAAAAUUUUGGCCGCAAUUGUUGCAAAAAUGUUACAAUAUUUAUGAAUAUAAUGUUAUGAUAGUGAUAUGAUUUGUUAAAAAAACUAUGUAAAAUAUAUGUUUAUGGUAGAAACACAUAAAAACAGUUUACGCCAAGUUCAUGUUAAAUGAAAUAAAAAAAACAUUUAUACAUAUUAAAAUCAAUAAUUUGAACUACGAAAGUUACACAGUUCUACGUUGGUAGCCCCCCACUUCGUAAUAGCGGGAACUUAGGAGGAUAACAGCUUGUGGAAAAUUUUAAGUUAGUAAUAAGGAACCGGUUUAUGCCACAACAAAUAAGCAUAUAAUUAACUUGCUAUGUUAGUAUGGGCUAAAUCUUGCAACUGUGUAUUAAACAAGCUAUACUCGUCGCGUCACACACUUCAUACGGCACUUAAUUUCAUUUGACAUGAAGCGCAUUUAAAUGCUUUAAUUCGAGUUGAGUUGGCGUCAAGUCAGGUGUGUGAAGGGCAUCAGUCGGUUGGAUUCAUUUGUAAACUGUAGCAGUAAACGUCACGUAUGUAUAAACUACGCAACCCAUACAGCAAAACAGCUCUUUUCGAGCUUUUUCUGCACCAGUCCACUUUUAUAUAAUCACUUACACAUAAUUGAGACGCGCGAAUUGCCUUAGUUUAAGCGCAAAUUUAAGGAAUUCUGAAUGAAUGCAAAAAAGUUAUUUGCAAUGAAUGACUAUCUCAUAGAUAAGGUGUGACAUUUAUUUGACAUGAUUUUUACUAUUAUACAAACAUGAUUUGCAUGCUGUUAAGCGGAAUUUGGUUAAGAGGUAACCAUAAUAUUUAAGACCUGUAUAAAUUUGCAAAGAAAUAAAUAAAUUAAUAAUUCAGAAAACAAUAAAGGAACGAAAUCCAUUAACCGCUUAAUGAGAGGUUUUCUUUUGUGAGCGUAAAAUACGUUGACAGAUAGCUUGUGGUUGAUCUCUCAGCAAAACUGGCAUCGCGCUUGUAUUUUUUUAAAUAUAUUUGGCCACGAAGCAGCCGUUUGAUAUAGUGGUGAACAAAGGCUAUUUGAAAUUGGAUUGUAAGCGAUGGUAUUUCAUGUCCAGAUACACAGAUUAUAAGUAUGUUAACGUUAUUAUUUUAGGUAUGCACUGCCAUUGUGUGUUGUACCAGUGUUUUGCUUUAUUUUAUUGUUUAAUAUUAAAAAUAUAUACCUCUUCUCUUUAAUUUUGAUUGUACGAGUAGGUGCAUAAAUAAAAUAGUAUUAAAUGUUAAUCUCA